AUAAAAUAUCUCAGCUCUUCUUCUACCUCCGUUCCUCUCUUUUUCUCUUUCUUCCGUGAAUCUAUCCUGUAUUCCUGUGUGCCCUACAGCUGCCGCCCUGCGUGGCUGCGUACCUUAGCGUCACUGCCGCCUCAAUCCCCAUCCCCCCACACACAGCCAACGCCCCCAGCUCUCACGCGCGUCGCCUUUCCUGUUCUUCCUCAUCAGAGCAUCGCGCUCCUGCUGUCUCCGCCCCGUCCGCAGUCUCUGGCCAUUGGCUUUCGAGUUCUUGUAGAAUGGAUCGACCUGAGGAAAGCCCGAAAUUCCCAAGCUGUGAUGCCUACUUUGACACUAUCCAGUCCAAGAAAAAGCUGCCGCUAUCUUUGCAAGAGUCGCUGACUGCUGCCUUUGCUCAGAUUCCGGUCUCAUCUUUUCCUGAUGUUCCUAGUGGCCGAGUAACUGAAAUUCCUGGAGAAACUUCUGUCCUUGAUGCCGUGAGAAUUUUAUCUGAACACAACAUAAGGGCAGCGCCAGUUCUGAAUCCAGAACCUGGGGAGCCAGCUAAUUGGAAAGGGAGAUAUCUUGGCAUCAUUGAAUACUCAGCCAUCAUCCUAUGGGUUCUAGAUAAUGCUGAUCUCGCGGCUGUAGCUCUGUCAGCUGGAUCAGCAACUGCUGCAGGAGUUGGAAUGGGUGCUGUUGGUGCAGUGGGGGUGGCAGCAUUAGGUGCAACUGGCCCAGCAGCUGUUGCUGGCUUGACUGCUGCUGCAGUAGGGGCUGCUGUUGCUGGUGGGUUGACUGCUGACAAGGGUGUUGCUAAGGAUGGGGUAACUGCUGCAGAUCAUUUAGGGGAAGAUUUCUACAAAGUUCUGCUUCAGCAAGAGCCUUUCAAAUCAACAACGGUUCGAUCAAUUGUUGAGUCAUACCCCUGGUCUCCUUUUGUCCCUGUUACUCUGGACAGCUCAAUGCUUACUGUACUACUGUUGCUAUCCAAGUACAGGUUGAGGAAUGUCCCAGUGAUUGAACCUGAUAAGCCAGUUAUUAAGAACUUCAUUACUCAGACUGGUGUUGUUAAAGGGCUUCAGCAGUGUAAAGGAAGGGAUUGGUUUGACUAUAUUUCAGCACUUCCUCUUUCAGACUUGGGGCUUCCGUUUAUGUCAUUUGAUGAGGUUAUUACUGUUAACAGUGAUGAUCUAAUCUUAGAAGCUUUCAAGUGCAUGAAGGAUAACAAAAUUGGUGGCGUACCCGUAGUAGAAGGACCCAAAAGGAAACUUGUUGGCAGUGUUAGCAUAAGAGACAUUCGCUUUCUGUUGCUGAGGCCCGACUUGUUUUCAAAUUUCAGGCAACUUACUGUCUUGGGGUUCAUGAAGACUCUAGGUUCCACUCUUCCUGCUUCAGGAGAUGACGGACUGGUGAAGCCACCGCUCACCUGUGCACCUGAUGCUUCAAUGGGCAGUGUGAUCGACAGCAUUGGAUCGAGGAUAACACACCGGAUAUAUGUAGUGGAUGGCGACUUUGAGGUUGUUGGCGUAGUGACACUGCGAGACGUGAUCUCUUGCUUCAUCCAUGAGCCCCCUGGUUUCUGUGACGACUAUCUGGCUUCUGCGGUGGAGAAGCUGGGGGACGAAGGUACUGCAGGUUCGGCCGGGAACAGCUGAGCUCUCCGUGGCAUGAAGGUCGAAAUAACGGACAGGGUUAGUGGAUGAAGUCUUUGUACUGAAUUGUUCAGGCUGUUGGUUUAAUCCAAAAAUCCAGUGAAUUCUCCGUGGAGGGAUAAGUUUGCUCAGUGUGCUUUUAAAA